AGCAAAGAUGGAAAAGCAAAGAAUAACAUUCUUGUGCUGUUCAAAUGCGGAAGGAUCUCAUCAACUCGAGCUCCUUGUGAUAGACAAGGCCAGAAACUCCCGUUGUUUUAAGGGGUUUGACUGCCCUGUUCAUUAUAGACAUUCAAAGUCCGCUUGGAUGACUGCCGCUAUCUUCAAAGAUUGGUUCCAUCGUUCAUUCACCAAAAUGCAAUCAGGAUUACAAAAUUUUAUUACAGAAACAGUCUUUUGGCUUCCGUUGCUGCAACAGGAUGUGACUUGCUAGAGUCUAUGAAGCAAAUUUCACUUAAGGACGCUAUUAUUACCCUUGAAUCUGCAUGGAAUAAAGUGGAUGAGGCUGUGCUAUCAAAAUGCUGGAACAAUGCUUUGAGUAUGCUUGAAAAUCAAGAAGAUCCUGAAGAUGAAAUUCCUUUGAAUGUCCUUCGAAGGAACUUGAAUAUGAAUGUGGGGGACUUGGAGGAGAGCGCAGCCAAUCUUUUACAAAACUUGAGACCUGAGAUUGGAAUCACUGCUUGCGACGUUAGAGAAUGGAACGAGGAUGCUAUUGAAUUCAAUGAAAAUGAAAUACAAGAAAUAUCCGACGAAGACGACUAUACUGUAUAGUAAGACGAUUACAGCAAGAGAAGCUAUUGACAUAUUUAAUAAUGCUGUGGAAUGGGCUGAAAGUGAAAUGGUUGAACAAAAGGAAUUAAAUGUAUUAAAGAACCUAAGGGAAAAAGCAGUUUUUAAGAUGGUUGAACAAAAGAAACAGCAAAAGAGGAUUACCGAUUUUUUUCAAAAAUGAGCUUCAACUUUUUAUA